AUUAAAGGAGGAUUCGUGGCUGUACAUGAGAGAAGAACAUUAGGAUUUUACCAAAAUGAAUUCUACAUUUUCAAUUUCAGCUAAGCUUUCUAUUGGAGCUGGCAAUGGGAGCUUUCAGACUAGAACAUCUGCGGUUAUAACAAGGAGAGAAGAUGCAAUUACAGCUCCAAGAAGAAGAUCAAACAGGUUUCCUGGAUUGACAAGAGAGGGAAUUCCUCAUACUGAUCUACAUGUUGGGGAAGUGCUUGAAAGGAAAUCCGGGAUGAACAGCUUGGGAAUGGAAGGUACCUGCAGAUCAAAACCACAGUUCCAUCCUGGUUUUUUAGAAGAGGGUUAUGAUGGGUACAAGAAAAUCUGUGCAGAAUAUGCCAAGACUUUCUAUCUAGGUACUAGGUUGAUGACAGAGGAGAGGCAGAAAGCCAUAUGGGCAAUUUAUGAUGAACUGGUGGAUGGUCCAAAUGCAACGUACAUAAGCACCUCUGUUCUAGAUAGAUGGGAAGAGAGACUUCAUGACAUCUUUAAUGGUCGCCCCUAUGACAUGCUAGAUGCUGCACUCACUGAUGCAGUCUUCAAGUUCCCCUUGGAUAUCAAGCCUUUCAGGGACAUGAUUGAGUGGAUGAGAAUGGACAUACACAAACGCAGGUAUCAGAACUUUCAAGAGCUGUAUCUUUACUGCUACUGUGUUACCAGUAACACUGGCCUUAUGAGUGUUCCAGUAAUGGGAAUUGUACCGGAGUCCCAUGUUCCAGCUCAGAGUAUAUAUAACGCAGCCCUCUAUUUGGGCAUUGGAAAUCGUGCUUUGAGAGGGAGAGUCUACCUUUCACAAGACGAGCUUGCACUGUUUGGUUUAUGCGACAAAGAUGUGUUCUCUAGGGAAGAUCACGGAUGCAUGAAGUUAAUGAAAGAGCAGAUCACAAGGGCAAGGUUCUACUUCAACCUGGCUGAGGAUGGAGCUUCCCAGAUUCACAAGGCAAGCCGCUGGCCGGUUUGGUCAUCUCUGCUGCUGUAUAGAAAGAUACUGGAUGCAAUUGAGGAUAAUGACUAUGACAACCUCACAAAGAGAGCUUUUGUGGGAAGGAUUGAGAAACCUGUAACGCUGCCUUCGGCAUAUAGGAGAGCUGCAUUGUCACCACGUUUAAUCUUUCACUGAGGACUAUCUCAGCAUAGAGGAGAAAACACCAGAAUUUUAGUUUAAACUUGAUUUUCUGUAGAGCAGUGUUAUUGAUAUCUAGAUCCUUACCCUUUGUUCUGUACACAGGUUCCCCUUGCAGCCCUUUCAAAUUGAGGAAAAUAGAGUUAGAAACAUCAA